UGUCACAGUAUGAUCUUGCAGGCCCACCAGACUACUCUUGCCUCUGAUUUCUCUUAUCACAGGACUUGCACUGAAGAGACAUGGGAAGCUCCAGGUUAUGUACUCUAACCUUACUGACCAUCAUUGUGAUCCUCAACACCUGCAUUUUGUCAACAGAAUCAGCAAUGUGUUGCCUGUCCUACUACAAAAAACCUAUCCGGUGUCAGAAGCUGAAAGGCUACACAAUGCAGGAUAUCCACACCUCCUGUGAUAUUAAAGCCAUUAUUUUUCACACUGUUGCAGGAAAGUUAAUCUGUGCAAACCCUGAUAUGAAAUGGACCCAGCGUAGAGUUCAGUGUCUGAAGGUGAAAGCAGCAAAAAUGUCAUCACCGGUCAAAAAAUGAGUUAAUCCACCUGAUGCUUUUCAAAAUGGCAGUAUGCAGAAGAGAUUAAAUGGCGGUUCUGGUCCCGAGAUGCUAUUGUGACCUGUUCCACCCAUCAUUCUUCAUCUUAGCCACCUUACACCUGUACAUGGAAGAGGAUCCCCAUUCUAUUCUUCUCCAACAUUAUUGUAAUCACACUGAAACAGGGUUGUGUUUUCCCAAAAGACACAUUUGUUGUUUUCUAAUUUAAUGUUCAUUUGUAUGAACAGAAAGUGUAUGCCAGACGGCUUGUGUAAUGACAUAGUACCAUACCAUGUAAUGUGAAGCUAUUGUUGACAAACUGAUCAUAGGCCUAGUUAUCUAUAUGUGCAAAAAGUAUGGAAAACUGUGUUACUGUAACAUCUAAACAUGUGAUAUAUUGAUUUAUGUACAUAUUGGCUAGUACCAGAACAAUUUCUGGCAUGUGUUCUUGGCAGUUUGCCAUUAGAUCAAAAGACUUAAAAGACUGUUGCAAUGGUAUGCCUCCGCACAGCUGAAUUUUUGGUUGACAUACAGUUGUGUAGAAAGGCAAAGUUGAAAGGAGUCUCUUACCAGUGGAUCACUCCAAGUAAAUGUUCAUACCAACACCGGAGCAAAGGUUUAAAACUGAAAGUAGAGUAUGACAGAUAUCUAAAAUUAGCAGAUUAUAUGCCAAUGACUUCUUCUGAACUUUAUAGAUGACAGACUAUUUAAGGGCCUGUUACGGCUGGCUCUUAGCCAUAACAUAAAAUGGAGGCAGACAACAGAAUUAAGGUUAACCGAAAAGUAUUUAUUUAAAGUAGCCAAAGAUAAUAAAUAUCUGUAGUCAAAUGUCUAGGGGAAAGAAAGAUAAAUUAAGUGUAUGUGCGCGAUGCCUGUGUCAGUAGUAAGAAAGUAAGUAAGUAUAUGCUAAAGAGUAUAUGCUAAAGAGAAAAGAAGUAGUGUGAGAGUAUAUGCCUCAAUGGCACCCAGUGCCCAUAACGAAAGAUAGUGCCCCAACAGGGAGUGUGUAGAAACCCCUUAAAUAUGCAGCCACACCUUCAUCAGGUGUGUGCAAUAUGUAAUUAACACCACCAGGUCUGCACUGCCCGUGCACUGACUGCACAGAGCCUGAUUGGGGCACAGGGGGUCGUAACAGGGCCCAAAGCAGCUCCACUUUAGCCUAUACUUUGCUUAAGAGUCAUGUAUUGAAGACAUUGAUAAGUGUUACUGUGCAGGUUUCAUGACCAUUUUAAUGUGUUAUUGCAUAUUGUUUAUCAUUUGCACUGUCACUGUCGUUUAUCUCUGUAUAUGUAAUAAAAACUUUUUUUUAUGUGAAAA